AUGUCAAACUUGAGGAGGGUGUUGGAAAGGCAACAGAAAGAAGAGGAAGAAAUCCGGCGCAGACGUGCUAUUGAAGAUCAGGAGGCCGAUGAAGAAGAGGAAGAAAUGCUUGCAACAGCGGUGUGUAUGCUUAAUCAAUCAAGGCAACACCGCCGUCGUUGUACUCCGAAUGUGGACAAGCGUAUGAAGUCUCGGGGUAAGAAUCUCUUGGAAGAUUACUUUAUCUCAAAUUCGUUAUAUCAUGUUUCUAAGUUUCGAGAGAGAUAUAGAAUGCAGCCAUAUUUGUUCCAAGAAAUCAUGCAUGAUAUUUGUAAUUACGACACAUACUUCAUUCAGAAGUAUGAUGUUGUUGGAGUUUUGGGUCUUCUCCCAGAGAAAAAACUUACAGCUGCUUUGCGGAUGCUUGCUUAUGGGGCAUCUGCAUAG